AUGUCCUCUAAUACAAGUUUAUGUGGAAUAUGUUCACUUCGACAGAUAACGAGAACUUCUGAACACUGGUGCCCGGAAUGUGAAGAAGCUCUCUGUGAUGAGUGCAAAGAUCAUCAUAAAUUACUGAAAGCCACCCGAAGACACGAACCAAUACCAAUUACUAGUUACAAAUCUCUUCCGUCUUAUAUAAACGACAUAAAACAAUCAUGUGUCUAUCACAAUGAACAAUAUCAAAUAUAUUGCAAUGAACAUGCAUUACCUCUCUGUCUUCAAUGUAUCAAUGAUCAUAGUAAGUGCGACGUCGUUUCUCUUGAAAAGGUCAUCAGCAGCAUCAAAACCUCUGGGCAAUUUCUAGAUUUAGAAUCAAGGCUGGACGACUUAUUACAAAACAUUGAAAGAAUAAAGAAAAAUCGAGAAGCUAAUGUCACUGACAUUGAAAAAAUGAAAGUACAACAUGUUAAAGAAAUAAAGCAGAUAAGAGUUGAAAUUAACAAUCAUUUAGAUAACAUUGAGAGACAAAUUCUUAAAGAACUCGGAGAGAAAGAAUGUCAAUGUAAAGAGAGUAUUCAGAAAGUUUUGCUGCCGGUCAAGGAAAGAGGAUCUAUAAUAACGCAAUGUCAGUUGAAUUUCAAAAGCAUUAAAGAUUAUGCAUCCGAUCUUCAAACAUAUAUUGGAAUGAGGGACCUUGAGGUCAAGGUUGAUGAAAAUGAACAAUAUUUACAGUCGUUGAUAGAUACAAAAGGUUUCGGACAUCUUGACUUAGUGUACAAGGUUGACACAAAUGUUCAAAAUAUUUUGAACAAUCUUAAAAGUUUUGGGUCAAUUGAAAUAAAAAAUCGCAAUAGUGAUAUUGUGUUGACAAGGGUGAACGAUAAGCAAGCACAAAUACAAGUUGCAGUAGCGAGGGAGCCCGUUAUCGACGUGAAGUUAAUUCUGCAAAAGAAAAUAACAACUGAUGGAAUAGCAGUAAGGGGUUGCUGUUUGUCAAGAGAAGGAGGCUUUUUGUUCACUGAUCAUGCCUUUCAUUCUCUGUACGUAAUAAAAUCAGAUGGAACCCUGGAAUAUGAGAUGUCGGUUGAUCCUAGUAACGUGUUUGAUAUUACAUUUGUCGAUGAUAACAAUGUUGCUAUUACAUCUGGAGAUUCAGAGAUGACCGGUAUUGACAUUAUUAACAUUGAGAACCGAAGUAAAAUAAAGUUUAUUAAACUGCCUGGUCGUUCAUAUGGAAUCACACGUGAUCAAGACUCGUUGUUUGUCUGUGUUAAAGGACGUGGUAUAUAUAAAGUGAACAGUGCAGAUUAUACUACCUCUCACGUGAUCAGUUGUGAAUUACAUUGGGGAUCCUACGUAUCUGUAUUCAACAAGAAGAUAUACUUUACUAACGUGGAUAAUAACAGUGUAGCUUGUUUUGACCACAAUGGGGCACGUGUUUGGACUUUUAAAGAUUAUCAAGUUUUGGAAGAACCGAGAGGAAUCGCCGUAGAUAAUGAUGGAAACGUGUUUAUUUUUGGGGAAAGCUCGUCAAAUGUAGUCAUUAUAUCAAAAGAUGGAGCACAUCACAAGGAAAUCCUGACCAAAGGAGAUGGUUUCCUUAAACCAACCGCUAUUUUCUUUGAUAAACAGAAAAAUAAACUUCUUGUUACAAAUAAAAAUCAUUCAGCCUUUCUCUACAAUGUUGAGUGA